UUUCAGUUUCGGUUUCGCCUGGUUGGUCGGCUGAGGCCGGGCUUGUGGGGUUCCCGGAGUCGGGGUGCCGAUCCCGGCCGCGAGGUGAGGAACCUGGGGCCUGAGAGGUGAAAUGAUGAGUUAUCCAAGGCACACAGCUAAUUAAGUAGCAGAGCUGGGAUUAGAACUCAGGGUUCCCACAUCCCAAAUUUCUGAUCAGGAUUGUUAAAAUGAGUCUGCGGAAGCAAACACCCAGUGACUUCCUGAAGCUCAUCGGACGACCAGUUGUGGUAAAAUUAAAUUCUGGAGUGGAUUACCGAGGGGUCCUGGCUUGCCUGGAUGGCUAUAUGAAUAUAGCCUUGGAGCAGACAGAGGAGUAUGUAAAUGGACAGCUGAAGAAUAAGUACGGGGAUGCAUUUAUCCGAGGAAACAAUGUGUUAUACAUAAGUACACAGAAGAGGAGGAUGUGAAGACACCGAGAGUACCAUACUUUUCACACUUGGAUAUGUUUUUUAUUAAGUUUUUUGGUUCUUCUGUCAUAUAAUUUGUCCUAUUUUGUCAUAGUUGGUGAUUUUUCACUGACAUGUGAGUGAGAUAAAUGUAUAAAAUUGUGGAUUUAAUUGUAAAGAGUUCUUUCAUAUUUAAGUUUCAGUCAUUUUCUUUUACCUCUAUGUCAGUGAGCAGAAAGCAAAAAUAAUUUUCAAAAAAGAGAAGAUCUUUUUCUCCCUACAUGAUUUGUAACUGAAGUCUCAAACAACACCAUUGGAUUUGCCUGCUUUGCUUGUGGGACUGACUGGAAUGAUGGACGUGAGGACAAUUAAAACAUUUGUAGAGACGGCUUCCUCUAUCCUGCUCUGCUCGCCGUACAAAAUGCUUGAGGGACAAUGUUCCACGAGGCGUCCAGUUUCAGUCUCAGGCUGAAAAGGGCCCCUGAGACCAGAUGCUCAGCCUCUGUUUCCAUUCUCUCGAUAGGAAAUAGAAUUGGGCAUCUAACCGUGGCACUUGCACAAAAGGAGUGGGAAUCCGAAUUGAGCUGGGGGAGCGAUCCUAAAGGUUCCAACCUGCUAGGUGUAGGUGUAAACGUUCCUUUUAAGCCAAGUCUGUGCACGCUCAUCUUGCAUCUCCCCCGGGCGGUUCACGCGGUGGGUUUUCUUGCUCCCUUUCUGGAGCCCGGGCACCCACGCCGUCCUGAACACGGUGGAAAGCGAGGCCUGGAGUUAGUAAACUCAUUCAGGUUCCAGUUGCUCCGCUGUGGCUGGAAGAAUUUCUCUGCGCUCUGGCUUAGGGAGGGGCUCCCGGGAAGCCUUUCUCUCCAGUCCCAGCUGGGUUUGAUGUGACCUCAUUCAGGAGCAGAGCACAAGCAUCCACGUUGCUUGGCACGAGGCAGCCUCUCUGCAUCAUGUGGCUCCUGCCGAGAGGGUUUCCCACUCUAUUCGUGACGUUUCCACAGCCCUGCUGUAUUCCCUGAACAGUUCACGCUUUCUCUCGGAACAACAAAUAUCUGGGCACUGCGGUUGAACGAACACCAGACAAUUGUGUGGCCUUCCUCCUCCGCCCCUCCCCCCUCUAGGCAGCGGUCCUGUUCCAGGAGCGCCGUGUUGAGUUUCAACAGUUUCCUGGUUGAAGGAUGUGCGGGCAGGAUGGGGAAGGAGGGGAGGGGAGGGGCGGUGCUGGGUCUGGAGAGGCAUGUGUGGUAUUUUGUCUGGUUUUAGCUUAAAGAUCACAGAGUAAUUGGAAACAAUUCUUUUUUAAUUAAUAACUUAGGAAAGGUGAACAGAAACAUUUCACAAGGUAUUAGAGUGUGCACACCAAAAAUAAAACUAUGCUUCAAUAAUUUAUCACUCCUUGACAGGGGCUUGAAAAGGGUCUGGUCUGUAAGUACAAAUCAACAAUUUGCUCUUUUAUAAAUGACUUCUUCUAAGGGGAAAUGGAUGUCCCUCCAAGUGGAGCAUACAUGUUCUGAUUUGUUUUGUAGAAUGUGGGGCUGCCAGGUUACUGCAGCCCUUCAUUUACUCACAUCAGCUGCUUCUAAAAGCAAUUCCAUUGUUACCUCCCACCAAUCUGUAGCAUCCUGUUUUUACUAACUUUUUCCCUGACCUCCCUUUCGGUAUGUGUCUUUAUUUUCCCCUUGCCGUCUCUCUAUUCUAAUACCUGUACGGUGGAGUAGUGUUUUCAACCAUGGAACUACUUUUAAUCAUGAUCGACUUUGGGAAAUGCUACCAUUUUUAUGGUAAUAAAGGACUGUAUUAUUCACUUUUACCGAU